AUGAGGUUCUCAACUAGCCUGAUAACGCUUCUAUGUGCGAUGCUUUUGAACCACCUUGUCAUCGCAGAACAUACCAAUAAUUGGGCUGUUUUAGUCUCAACUUCGAGGUUCUGGUUUAAUUAUAGACAUAUGGCAAAUGUAUUGAGUAUGUAUAGAACAGUGAAGAGAUUAGGUAUCCCAGAUUCACAAAUCAUCUUGAUGUUAAGUGAUGAUGUGGCGUGUAAUUCAAGAAAUCUUUUUCCUGGUACUGUUUUCAAUAAUAAAGAUCAUGCUAUCGACUUAUAUGGGGAAAAUGUUGAAGUAGAUUAUAGAGGUUAUGAAGUUACCGUGGAAAAUUUCAUUAGGCUAUUAACAGAUAGAUGGUCAGAAGAUCAACCAAAGUCGAAACGGUUAUUGACUGAUGAAAAUUCCAACAUCUUUAUAUAUAUGACUGGACAUGGUGGUGAUGAUUUUUUGAAAUUCCAAGAUGCUGAAGAGAUUGCGUCAGAAGAUAUAGCUGAUGCAUUUGAACAGAUGCAUGAAAAGAAAAGAUAUAAUGAAAUAUUCUUUAUGAUAGAUACUUGCCAAGCUAAUACCAUGUAUUCGAAGUUUUAUUCCCCAAACAUUUUAGCAAUUGGAUCGAGUAGAUUAGAUGAAAGUUCAUAUUCGCAUCAUUCUGAUGUUGAAAUCGGCGUUGCAGUUAUUGAUAGAUUUACAUAUUACACUUUGGAGUUUUUGGAAAAAAUUGAAAAAAAUUCAACAUUGACUCUAAAAGAUCUAUUUGAUUCAUAUACGUUGGAAAACGUUCAUUCACAUGUAGGUGUUCGAGAAGAUCUUUUUGAUAGAGAUCCAGCAGAAACAUUAAUCACUGACUUUUUCGGUAAUGUUCAAAACAUUAUUCCUGAUGAUAUGUCUCGUAAAGAUUUUGCCGGAAAAUACAAUUACGAUGGAGGUAAUGAAAAAUUGUCGAGAAAUGUAUUGAAUUUGGCCAUAGAGAAGGCUACUGAGGAGAGAGAAGUUAGUGAAAAGGCAAUAAGCCCAACAAGUCUAAGAAUUGUUAACUCUGUGAACCAGAAUGCGAGAAAGAUCUCAAACGAUACACAACAAAAAAAUGGGUCAUAUUCGAUAGUGAUUUUAGGUUUAUCUACGUUACUGGGAAUAUUAUAUUUUAUCAUGAGAAAUGAUAAUCAAGCUUUAAAAACAAUAUAG